UACCCUCCUUCCCACACACACAAAUACGAUACAGGAUGCUGGUGACAGUGACAUUGGUGAGCUGUCUGUUGGGCAGUGUAGCAGCUCAAGACUCGGCCCUUGGAAAGACAGCCUAUGUACAGCUGAUGGUUGGAUGUCUUGGGGAGACUUCAUACAAGGAGUAUCUGGAUUCAGUGGCUGCUGCUGGAAGGGAAUGUGGAGCUGGUGUGGGUGUGCAAGGCUUCUUUCCUGGGCUAGCUUCCUUACUCCAUAGUCCCUCCUUAGCACAUUUCCCACAGGGAAUUCCCUUCUCGCAGUCUGGCUCAGUGGUUCUCCAGAGACCACUAGGAGUACUUGGAUCAUCAAGGGUCACUCCUCAACAUCCCGGGAUACUUCCACAACAGCUAGGAGUGUUUGGUGCACAGCCAGGAAUAACAUUAGGGCAACCAGGAAUAUUAGCAGGACAACCAGGAAUAAUAGCAGGGCAACCUGGAAUAUUGUCAGGACAACCAGGCAUAUUGUCAGGACAACCAGGAAUACUGUCAGGACAACCAGGAAUAUUAUCAGGACAACCAGGAAUAUUAGCACAACAGCCUGGAACAUUCCCACAAGAAUCUGGAAUAUUCUCGUCACUACUAGACAGCCAGUCAAGGGUGACACCAGUGGGCAUCACAGACUCAGUGCCUCCCAUCUCCUCACCUGUUGGGCCUUCCUACCCAGGGAUUCGGCAGAAGCGGCAAGUCAGUCUGAACCUUGCAGAUAUCCAGCGAACAAGAGAGAAUAUGCGUGCCCUGGUCAACAACUUUACCUGCAUCCUCACUAAGUUGGCUGUGGUGAAUGCCAACCUGGACCUCAAUCACUCAGGCCUCAGCAACAGUGUUAUCAACUUGCCAGUUGCUAGAGAACUCAAGCAAGACCUCCUGAAUGCAAUCAACUACUGCACAGAUACGACACGAUGUCUUCCAUUAGAGAAGCAGCAACUCCCAAUACCACAUAAACUGAAACGGGUCAUGGAGUAUAUCAAGUGUGAAAAGGAGAUGCGUUUGAAGGCCUGUCACAAAAACAACAUAAGGCAACGUGUCCAGAACAUCAGCCUGGGCCACCUGCCUCAUGAUGGCAGCCAGUUCAAUGGUGUAGAGGAAAUAGUCACACUUUUAGUGGAUGCACAGUCUGUGCAUGAGUUGGAGCUCAUCUAGACUAGUUAAUUAAAUGUAAUGUGGUAUGACCAAGCUCAUACUGGUCUAAUAUGGUUGAUAGAGUGAUGUAACUGAAAAAAGAAAAAAAGAAACUUGUUUUCCAAAUGAGUUUUGACACUGAACAGGAAAAGUUGUUUAUAAAAAAUAAAAUUUUAAUAUUA